AUGGUCUCCAAACCCACCAACGGCACACCAGCUGUGCCCUCACGAAAUGCCCUACGAGUGCUCCGUCGUUUAGCUCUUGCAGGAUCAACUGUGGGAAGCUUCUGUACGGUUGCAGCUAUUACCUACGACGUCCACCGUCGGGUGCGCGUCGCGGAGCGAAUUGUCGAGAACAAGCGGGCCCUGCAAACCUCAGCGCCGAACUACGAUGCGACGUCUGCAGCAAGGAGACUGGCACGUAUGAUGGAGGCGGCUGAGGCGGGAGAGUUUAUGGGCCUGGAAUCUCUCAAGGAGCAAGACCGGAAGUUCAGAGAGGCGCAAGCUGUCCCGGCUAGGGGAGAAGUUCAUGGUAACGACUUGAGCUGGGAUGUUCAGCUGCAAGACCAACAACCUGCCGCCCCUGCUGAGUCUUACAUGGAUAUUACACGCUCAAAGUUGAUUGACUCCUUUACUCCCGGACAAGUACCAGCGAAAUCGACCUCAGCUCCCGAUCUCCCUCCGAACCUAACACGGUCGACCGAUGCACUGGACCGAGCAAAAUCCGCCCUUGCACAUGCGAACCAAAGAACAGUCGAAGAUCAUGAGAAGCAAACAGAUGAUGCAGCUCAAUGGCAUGAUUCAGUCACAGAAGAAAUGCAAAAGUUUCUCGACCACGGUCGGCCUAUCGAUGCUGCCCACUUGUUUUUGGACGCUCACCCUGCGACGGUGAGUGGCAUAUCUACAGAUAGACGGGAAGUUACGGUCAAGACAUUCUAUGCCAAUUGCAAGGAAGAGAACGUCAUGGUUGCGAGGAACAUCUUCGAACGCCUAGAAGACGUGGAUAAGGUGUCUCCUGGCAUGUGGAAAGUUUUGAUGUUCGCGCUAGCGAGAAAGGGGAGCAUCGAAUCCGUCGCCACUAUAUUCACUCGAUACAUGCACAAAUUCAGAGUUCCCCCGGAAAUGGUUGAUAUCGUGCUCCGAUGCCUGCUAGAGUCUCAUCGACUUACCACAGCGAAAUGGUUUCUUCUUAGGAAUCUCGAGGUUGAUCGUGGCUGCGGCCUAUGCGGCGCCUAUCUUGCAGGGCUUUGGAAAAAGACAAGGAGUAUCGAGCUUCUGAACGGGCAACUGAAGAAAAUUUUGACAAUACUUCCUCGCUUGGGAAAGGAACCCACCGACAAGCUCUUCAACCCCGUGAUCAAAGCAUACGUGGAAUUUGGUCGGCUGGCUGAUGCAGAAGCUCUGGUCAAAGACAUGACGACUAAGUACGGCAUUCCCCUUCGUUGCCGAACAAAAGGUCUUUUGGUAUUUGGCAGGGCUUUGGCCUGUGACUGGGAGGGCGUGGACGCUGGGCUACAGCAGAUGCAUGAGCUCAAGUUGACUUCGAGGAAGUACGACUUUACGCCGAUAUUUGACCGUAUCUUCCUUGAAUACUGGGUAUCGCAUUCGGGUGAUGAAAUUCGCGACUUUGUCUAUCGUUACAUCGAAAAGUUCCAAAUGGUUCCCGAUAAAAUCCUUUACAAGCACAUACUGGAGGCAUUCGUGGAAAAGGGUGAUAAGGAAAUGGUUGAUGAAUUUGUGCGGUUCGCACGUGAGCGCCGUUGGCCGAACUACAUCAAUGAGCAGGAGUUCUUGGAGAUGCUUCGCAAACGUCGUCACGCUCUUGAGGAAGCACCAGUGGGAUUCUGGCAGAUGCUGCAGGCAGCUCGGAUGAAAUAUGGGCAAGCUGCCACAUCACAACAAGUGCUCGGAUAUGACCAGCGAUCAUUCCCACUUGCGGAAGUCAACCUGAUGCCGUACACGCAGGACCCGUUACCGUGGUAUCAGCGAACGCUGCAGCACAUGACACCCUCGAGACCAGUCGACCAAUACCAAAAGCUUCACAAGCAGAUGUCUCAUUACAUGCAUGUCGGUAAGCUGACGGAGGCGUUGAAGUGCUAUGAAAAUGCUAGGAAUGCGCGGUUCCAGUUCAAGCAGUUGCAUGUUGAACUUGCAGUCAUUUGUACGCUACUCGAAGAGGGUGUCGGUGCUGCUCGAGCUUUGAUCGACUCUGAGUGGAAAA